UGCAAACACUUGGGAUUUCGACAACCUCACAGCCCAAUGGGUUAGCUGUUCCAGAUGCUAGCAUGUUUCCAGUUAACCAACCGAAUGACGUGUUGGACCUAAUGAAUAUUGGAUUAAAGAGCAGAGCGAAAAGCUCAACUGCCAUGAACGAAAGAAGCAGCCGUUCACACAGCAUUUUAACCAUUCAUGUGAAAGGGACGGAUAAGAAGAGCGGGUCAACAAUGCGCAGCAGCCUUCAUCUAGUAGAUCUUGCUGGAAGUGAAAGGGUUGACAGGUCGGAGGUAACUGGCGAUAGAUUGAAGGAGGCACAGCAUAUAAACAAGUCUUUAGCUGCCCUUGGAGAUGUCAUUUCUGCUUUGGCAACAAAAAGUCCUCAUAUCCCAUACAGAAACAGCAAGCUCACUCAGGUUCUNGGAUAAGAAGAGCGGGUCAACAAUGCGCAGCAGCCUUCAUCUAGUAGAUCUUGCUGGAAGUGAAAGGGUUGACAGGUCGGAGGUAACUGGCGAUAGAUUGAAGGAGGCACAGCAUAUAAACAAGUCUUUAGCUGCCCUUGGAGAUGUCAUUUCUGCUUUGGCAACAAAAAGUCCUCAUAUCCCAUACAGAAACAGCAAGCUCACUCAGGUUCUUCAGAGCUCCUUAGGUGGUCAAGCAAAGACCCUUAUGUUUGUGCAGUUGAAUCCUGACUGUGUUUCGUAUUCUGAAUCCUUGAGCACAUUGAAAUUUGCUGAAAGGGCUUCGGGAGUAGAGCUUGGGGCUGCUAAGAGCAGUAAAGAGGGUAAGGAUGUCAGGGAAUUGAUGGAGCAGGUAGCAACUCUCAAGAGCACAGUAGCAGCAAAAGAUGAUGAGAUUGAGAAAUUGAAGCUAGUGAAUGGUCCCACAAAUGCGAAGGCUUAAUUGCUCUGUGCCCCUCACAAUUUAGAGGGUUGGGAUGUUUUUCUGCAAAUAGAAAAUCUAGUGAAGAAAGGUAGAAAAUAGUU